GAUGGUUGUUUAGUUUUCUCCGUGGGUUCAUGUUCUCUUUUCUCGUCUUUUUGUGCGCGGGUGUUUUUGCGGGCUGACACCGCAUGUGUCGUGUCCGGGGAAGAGUCCGGACAGCGGGCUUCCCUAACCUGCUUUGUCUGUUUUUAUGAUGGCGCACUCGGGCCCACCACGGCUAACGAUAGCCGACUCAGCUGCAGGCUUCCCACGGUCAAACUUUUCAGUCUAACCCGGAAAACUGGACCUAAAUCCCACAUCGUCGCGGAUGCACACUAGUGCAGAAAACGGGACUUCAUCUAUGAGCAACGUUCACCCCGAAGAGGUCCCCUGCUGCCCGGACAUGAACGUCCUCUGAACCGACACUCGGCGGCUCACAUUCCACCAGCCAGCGUCCGUCUCUCCAUGUGGCUGUGAGCAGGCGUCACUCAUCCGGUGUACGACUUCAGCCCUUUUGUGUCCCUUCUCCUUUUCGUCAUGGGGGGAGCUGUGAGCGCCGGGGAGGACAACGAUGACCUCAUCGAUAACCUGAAGGAAGCUCAGUACAUUCGCACUGAAAAAGUGGAGCAGGCGUUUCGGGCCAUAGACCGCGGCGACUAUUAUCUGGACGGCUAUCGGGACAGUGCCUAUAAGGACUUGGCGUGGAAACACGGAAACAUACACCUGUCCGCUCCCUGCAUAUACUCGGAGGUGAUGGAGGCCCUCAAGCUGCAGCCGGGACUCUCCUUCCUCAAUCUGGGGAGUGGAACCGGAUACCUGAGCACAAUGGUUGGCCUCAUCAUAGGUCCAUUUGGUGUGAACCAUGGGGUGGAGAUCCACAAGGAUGUCGUUGAGUAUGCCAGACAGAAGCUGGAGGACUUCAUAAAGAACAGUGACAGCUUUGAUAGGUUUGAGUUCUGUGAGCCGGUCUUUGUGGUGGGGAAUUGCCUGGAAAUCUCAACAGACAGUCACCAGUACGAUCGCAUUUAUUGUGGCGCUGGAGUGCAGAAAGAUCAUGAAAAUUACAUGAAAGUACUGCUCAAAAUUGGAGGCAUACUGGUGAUGCCCAUAGAGGAUCAGCUGACCCAGAUAACCAGGACGGGGCAGUGCACAUGGGAGAGAAGAGACAUCCUAGCUGUGUCCUUUGCCCCCUUGGUGCAGCAGAGCAGAGCAGAUGGGAAGAAGCAGGAAACCGUGCAGCUGCCUCCCGUCGCCGUCCGCAGCCUCCAGGACCUUUCCCGGAUCUACAUCCGCCGCACCCUCAGAAACCUCUCCAACGAGAACAGCCAGGGGAAGGGGGCGGUGCAAAGAGUUCCCCAGAAGCGCAAGCGCAGGCGGUGUCGCCGGCGGCGCAUCAACACCUACGUUUUCGUAGGGAACCAGCUCAUACCCCAAAUGGUGGAGAGCGAAGAGGAGGAACACCCCGAGGAAGAGCACAAGGAAGUGGAGGAGGAGGAAGAUCAGGAGGAAAGAGACAUUGGUGACAUUGAAAUCGUCAAGCAAGUGAACGUGUUGAGAGACCAAAUACUGGCGUUGCCGCUCCCCGAGUCCCUCAAGGCUUAUUUGCUAUUUUACAGAGAAAAAUGACUGAAAUCCGUCGUGAACUGAGGCGACGCCUGCUGAGUUUCUUUUCUUCAUCUUUUCAGUACAAAUGUAGCAUUAUUAUCACUUAAUCUUGAUGGCAACACUGAAUUGGAAGGAGAUGUCCUAGAUGUUAUUGGAUAAUAAUGUUAUCAUUGUAGUU